UCGGGCACUCCCAACAGCAGUUCAACAGACCUAGUUCAGCGUGGAACAGAUACACCGUUAUAAUGGGCGCCCCUUUGUCCCUAACACUACCUCCUGUCAGCGGGCCGCAUUCUGUGGGGGCGACCGAUGUUAUGGUGAAACUCGACAAGGAGGGCAGCUUCUUCCGGCUCUUCUAUCCAUGCAGCCCUUCGCCUGGGCUGCAGCACCCUCUAUGGGCUCCUCGAAAAGAGUACCUCGUUGGCCUGCUCAUUUCUUUGGGUUUUAAAAGUAAAGUGGCACAUUAUGGAUCCUCAGCGUUAUUAGGCUACUCUCGAAUUCCAGUUGCGUGGAAUGCCCCCUUUGUGGCUGGAAAUGACAGAAAGCCAGUAAUCAUCUUUUCUCAUGGUCUUAGAGCCUUCAGGACUGUGUACUCAACAUUGUGUAGGGAGCUGGCAUCAUAUGGCUACCUGGUAGCUGCUGUAGAACACAGGGAUGGGUCAGCAUGUGCCACUUACCAUUUAUACUCAAAACCUGGCAAUGAAAAUGUAAAUGACGUUUGGGUUCCAUUUCGAAAAGUAGAACCAGGAAUGAAAGAAUUCUACCUACGAAACUACCAGGUCCAUCAAAGAGCAACUGAAUGUGCCAGAGCUGUACGGGUUCUUGAGGACAUUGAUGCAGGAAAAUUAGAAGCCAGCAUUAUGAAGUCUGAAUUCCAUCUGCAAGCUCUUAAGGGCAGGAUUGACUUCUGCAGAGUUGCUGUAAUGGGUCAUUCCUUUGGUGGCGCAUCAGCUCUCCUAAGCCUGGUUAAGGGUAAUGUUUUCAGGUGUGCGAUUGCAUUGGAUGCGUGGAUGUUUCCUCUGGAAGACACUUCAUAUCCAAAAAUCCAAAAGCCAACAUUAUUCAUAAACAAUGAACAUUUCCAAACUUCCUCCAGUAUUCAGAAAAUGAGGACAUUGAGUUUGGGAUGCAAAGAUAGUAAAAUUCUGACUAUCUUGGGAUCUGUUCAUCAUAGUCCCACAGAUUUUGCCUUCUUCACUGGGUACAUGGUAAAUGCAUUUAUUGGCUCCCAUGGGACAAUUGAUCCGCACAUUUGCUUAAAUGUCACAGUCACAUCAGCGCUGGACUUCCUCCAUAAGCACUUGGACUUGCCUGCUUAUAUCCCAAAACUGGAAAAGUUAAGUGAAGAGAUCAGAACGUAUGUUGUUGCAGAUGUUCCACAAAUACAUUCUAGCAAACUUUGACCUUGUUGUAAAGAAGAUGUUGGUGUUUGCUCUCUAAACAUCUAAUUGUA